AUUUCAUUUCAUGUUUCUUAUUUUAGCCUAACCUUAAACAUCACAUGACCAAACAUUGGACAAGAUGUCGCACUCGGCAGUGAAGGGAAAAUUGAUAGCUGUAAUUGGUGAUGAGGACACCUGCACUGGAUUCUUGUUAGGGGGCAUUGGUGAGCUGAACAAAAAGAGAGAGCCUAACUUUCUUGUUGUUGACAAAGGAACAAGCAGACACGACAUAGAGGAAACAUUUCGAGGAUUUCUUAAGAGAGAAGACAUCGCUAUAAUUCUCAUCAAUCAAACCAUUGCAGAAGAAAUCCGCUAUGUUAUUGAUUCCCAUGAUCAGCCAGUUCCAGCAGUGUUAGAAAUACCUAGCAAAGAUGCUCCCUACGAUUCUAGCAAAGACUCGAUUCUACGCAGAGCUAAGGGCAUGUUCUCUGCUGAUGACCUGAGAUGAGGAUUCUGUGCUGUAAUCUGAUUGGUUAAUCCUUCAUUUACUCGGAGCCUGGAAUCAAUGUACCGUGACAUGAUAUCAUAUAGCAUGCAUAAAUAACGUCAUUUGUGAAAUUUUUUAUUAGAUGAAUUCCUACAGCUAUUGUACAUUCCACUGAAACUCUUGUGAUGAUUUGAUAGUAGAAAAUGUUUAAAACUUUUAUGGCAGUUUAUUCAGUUUUGAAGUAGUUGUGAACUAAAGAACAGUAGAAGUACUAUGAUAAUAUAACUAAAGAACAGUAGAAGUACUAUGAUAAUAUAUUGCAAAUGAUAAGUGUAUUCUAGUCAGUGGGUAAUAAUAAAAUGUCAAGAAUACA